UGGCUCCUGAGCUCCUGUUUAAAGCACCGAGGGCUCCGGGAGGAUUUUGCUGUGUGCUCAGCCCGCCCACCCUCCAAGAUACAGAAGCACCGAGCGAGAAAGAGAGGGAGAGAGAGAGAGAGAGAGAUGGUGUCACAGGAGCCGGUAGAGAGAUAGCUUCACUUUAAUUGGCAAAGAAAAAGAGGGCAGGAAAACCAGAACACAGACCUGGGAGAGUAGACCGGCUUUGUUCAGCAUCCCUGGACCAACCAUGAAUGAGACCAUCAUCCUUCAGUACUUUAUUGAGGACCUGGAUGCGAACUGCUCUCUCCUGGAUGUGCUCCACAGUGGAUUUGAUGGUCCGUACUGCAAUGCCACCACCGACCAAAUCGGGACCUGCUGGCCGAAGACCGGCGCCGGGGAGCUGGUGGAGAGACCGUGCCCGGAGUUUAUCAAUGGAGUCAAGUACAAUACCACCAGAAACGUUUACCGGGAAUGCAUGGGGAACGGAACCUGGGCUUUCAAGGUGAACUAUUCACAGUGUGAGCCGAUUCUUGUUGAGGAGAUGAAGCCUGCUCUCCAUUACAAGGUCGCCAUUAUCAUCAACUACCUCGGACACUGCCUCUCGGUCGCCGCUCUCAUUGUCGCAUUUCUGCUGUUCAUGUGCUUGAGGAGCAUCCGAUGCCUUCGGAAUAUUAUCCACUGGAACCUUAUCACAACAUUCAUCCUGAGGAAUGUGAUGUGGUUCAUGCUCCAGAUGAUUGACCACAAUAUUCACGAGAGCAACGAGCUCUGGUGUCGGUGCAUCACGACGAUCUUCAACUACUUCGUGGUGACGAAUUUCUUCUGGAUGUUCGUGGAAGGCUGCUACCUUCACACGGCCAUCGUCAUGACCUACUCCACGGACAAGCUGAGGAAAUGGGUCUUCCUCUUCAUAGGAUGGUGUAUUCCUUGCCCGAUCAUUAUCGCAUGGGCUAUCUGCAAACUCUAUUAUGAAAAUGAACAAUGCUGGUUCGGAAAGGAGCCAGGGAAGUACAUUGACUACAUUUAUCAAGGACCGGUGAUUCUCGUUUUGCUGAUAAAUUUUGUAUUUCUCUUUAACAUCGUUAGGAUUCUCAUGACAAAACUGAGAGCCUCCACCACAUCUGAAACAAUACAGUACAGGAAGGCUGUCAAAGCAACCUUGGUUCUUCUGCCUCUUCUGGGGAUUACAUACAUGCUCUUCUUUGUCAAUCCCGGAGAAGAUGAUAUUUCCCAGAUAUUUUUCAUCUACUUCAACUCUUUCUUGCAGUCUUUUCAGGGCUUUUUCGUGUCUGUGUUUUACUGCUUCUUAAAUGGCGAGGUACGCUCGGCCGCCCGGAAAAGAUGGCAUCGCUGGCAGGACCACCACUCCUUACGGGUACGGGUUGCCCGGGCGAUGUCAAUCCCCACCUCCCCAACCCGGAUCAGCUUUCACAGUAUAAAACAGACUGCGGCCGUGUGAGGAAGCUUACACCUUCCCCUGUGAAGUGGAUUUCCCUCUUCUCUUCCUGCCUCACUUUUUCUACACCCCUUCCGGGGUGUGUGUGUCUUUUCUUCUUUUAUCUCCUCCCGCCUCCCACCCCGCCAUGAUGGGGCCGCUCUUAAGCCUGUCUUUAUGGACAUCUUUCCGUGAUGCUGCUUUUGAGACAGAAAGAGGACCGUCACGCCGCGAAAGGAAGAGCAAAAAAAAAAAAAAAAAAAAAAAAAAAAAAAAAAAAAAAAAAAAUCCGAGGACAGAUCUUUUCAUAUCCCCAGAAUGUCCAUCACUUUGCUGAAAACAAUCACUGAAGACCACCCCUGUAGGGUGUAAUAAAUACAGACUCUCUUCACUUCUGCCCUUCCGUCUAAGGAGUAAGGUUGGACCUUUGAACCAAUUUCCAAUGAUGCAAUUCCCAAAGGUUUUUUUUUAAUUUCCUACAUAAUAUCCACCACGUACCAUCAAGUCAUUCAACAUAUUUGUUUGUAAACAAGAGUUAAACCUUCCCACCCCCAUGAGGAACACCCUGUUUCCAUUAUUAGGUGAAAGACUUGCAAAUGAUUUCAAUCAGAUGCUACAGAAAUAUGGGGAUGAAGUAAUUAAAAACAAGGAAUGAAGGGAUGAUCCAUAAGACGCACCUUUCCAUAAGACGCACCAAUUUUUUAGGAGAAGAAAACAGGAAAAUAUAAU